GUUUGUCCGUUUUUAUUUGUUUAGGUGACGCUUUUAUUCUGAAGAGUACGGCCCCGGAAGUUCUGUUAUUUAGCGACGAAGUGAAAAUAAAACAAACACGUCGGUGUCUCUGAAGCUGGAUGCGUUUAUCUUCUAUCAAGGGAAAUACUCAGAACAUGGAUCUCGUUGGAAAUCUGGAAAUCUACAUCCCAGUGGAAGCUGAGGUGAAAAACAUCCCUCUGUGGAGUUUACCAAACUCAGUGCUUAGACGAAUGGACCUCCCCCUGUCUGACCAGGAGGGCUCCAGGAAGCUCACGGACUCUCCAGAAGGCAUAUGGAUUUGUCCAGCGGUCAUACGGAAGAAAGGCCAGAAACUGGCCUCCCACACAGAGAACAUGUCCUCACUGCUGGGCAGACAGUUUCAGGCCGUGCCGGGUCCCUUCCAAAUGUCCUUUGUUUCCUCCAACCGCACAGCUUACAAGGUGCUGAAGGAGACCAUGCCUGGAAAAUCGGUCUCCUCACACACAUCUCAUAGCUCCGUGUUACCUCAGGGCUCAGCACCGCAGAAGUACAAAGCUGCUGUCGUCAUCUACCACGGACGCAUUUACCUGUCCAGCAAGAAGCGCAAACGAAGCCGACGUCAACGAGAGACGGGCGAACCGCAGAUAGAGUCGUCUAGAAGCCAAACUAAGUGCCGGUCUCCUCAGGUUUGUCUUGAACCUGCAGACAAAAAACUACGAAGGAAGAAAUUGCGUGCCACGUUGCCCCGAACAUCCCCACAACAGCUGAAAGAUCGUCUCACAAAAACGGAUCAUCCCUCCACCACAGACCAGGAGCUGCUAAAUGACAACAGGCCCAAGGAGAAACACACCACAAUGAAAGUAACACACAGUGAAAACAAGAAGGACGUUAUGAUCAAGAGAGGUGAUGUAUCCUCAUCCACAACUGGCCAUUCUGUCCCUCAGUCCACUGACCGUGUGCUCAAAGCGUACAGCCGUCCUCAUAGGGAUACUGAUGCAAAGCAGGCUGUGGAGGAAGCAGGAAGCUCAGAGCCAGCUUGGUGUCAGCCUCAGGGAAAGCAGCAGCAGCAGGAGGAGGAGGUGGCCAACAAUGGUGGUGGUGAAUGCGACAACCAGGAUAUGGGCGACGAAGAAGCCGACUACAUACAAAUGGACAGCGGUGAACCUGACAAUAUUGUUGGUUUUGCAGAGCAAAGUAGCAACCGUAGCUGGACCAGGAGAGAGCCUGAGGGUGUAGCUUCUUCUUCCUCCACGUCACUGCAGGAGUUUGACUUUAAGGCUCUGGCGGAAGAGGAGAAGAUCGCUCAAAUGAAGGCCAAACUCAGACGGAGUGAAGCUGCUCUCAACAACCUGCACGCCUCAUAGUGACGGCUCAGUCAGAGUGAGCAACAGCAAUGAUGCUUCAGUUCCCCGAAAGUUAAACUCACAACGAUACAUUUACCCUCGAACACAUGCAGUAUCCCGGUACAUCCACAAUAUGGACAUAUUGGAACAUACAUGAAUACUAGGGGUGUCCCGAUUUUGAUUCUAAAUUGGAAAUCCAUCGAAAUGAACUUCCGAUCUCGACCAUCGAAACGGUUAAAACUAUAAACCUGCACAAAAAUCACUAUAACCAACAUAAGCCAGCGUGUUCUGAACAGACGCAUUACAUUAACAUUUGCAUUUUUGGAGCAUAAAACGGCAAACUUAAACUACUCAGUUCUCGAGUGGCAUUUUAAACUGCAUGAUUUAGCCUAGCGGCUAGCAGACUUUAGUUAGUUAUUUUUCCUUACUCAUAGCUCUCCUACUCUUACUUGGUUUAACAUUAAGUCACUGAUCAGAGGAGAGAGAGAGAGAGAGAGAGGAAAGAGGAAAAAAAGAGAGGAGAGAAAUGAGCGCGACAGUAAAUGACAAUAACACUGUAUGUUGUAGAUUACAGCACACUGUAAUGCACUGCAGAAGGAUUUCUGUUAUGUUUUCGUAAUGAUUCCGUACUGAGGUAGGUCACACAGAUACUGAUAUUGAAAAGAUGCAGCUUUAUAUAUUGUAAACUGCUGUAGUUUAGUCGUGUGUGUGUGUGUGUGUGUGUGUGUGUGUGUGUGUGGGGGGGAACGUUGCCUUGGAAGGAGCCCCGAGGGGGGGGGGGGGGUUUAGACGGAGCUCCUGAGGCCAUGCUACUUUAAAAUAUAUGCUAGCUUUCCAACAUCGUCGACCCCAUCUUUGAGUUCUCUUUUUAAAGAAGGAUUUGAAAGUGUAAAUGACAGUUGUCAGGGCAUAAAACCAAUGAACUGUUGAUCUUUACCAAUCAAGACUCCGUAGUCUAACGAUGGUGAUGUUUAAAUCGAAAAAUCAAGUCAAAUUGGGGAUUUGGAGAAUCGUGAAAACCUUAAUACGUACAUAUAUACAAACCAGGAUACUCGUGUGCAUGUAAACAUACUUGGUACAAGAUCUUUUGAAAACUUGUAGUUGCAUUUCCUCGACAUUUGCGAGGAAAUACUAUUUUUUCUGUUCAUCUGUUGUAUUUUUGUUUUUCAUGUCCAGCCCAGCCUUAGAUGUGCCACUCUUCUCAUGUGUUAAAAAAAAAAAA